AUGAGGGCUGCUGACAUGCAAUCGUCUUAUUCUCCCCCACCGUCGAGCCAAAUCAGCAACCCACACCUCAUAUGGACCCCAAUUCAACCAAUACCAUUGCACCCAUUCAUCUCUGGUGUAUGUGUCUUCCCCGUUCUAGGCCCACUUACCACGUCGCCCAGUAGUACAUACGCCAGGCGCAAUGUGGGCUUCUCUCUCGCAUCUGAGGAUGACUCAUCUCUCGACCACCACCACAUCCCAGUACACAGGUUCAGGGCUAGAGGAAGUAACGUGCCCCUCACGGGCAAUGUAGGGACGGUGGACUCGACCGCACGACCACGACUUGGCUCACCCUUGUUGAAGGAUACCCCCACAGGCCUCGGGAAUGUGGCCAGCUCAG